AUGUUACUCAACUUCCUCUUGUUGUUCCCCCUCUCUUUCGCCCUCGUGGCGCCAGAGUACGGCUCCUACAAGAACCCACACCCAAGACCACUCCACAAGUGUGACAACAACGAUAUCGCCAUGUUGGCGGCUUGCAGUAACCAAGUGCUUGCUCAGUUGGACGACUGUAAGGCGAACGACUUGGCAUGUGAGUGUUGUGCGCUUCAGUCGAUGGAUCCUAAGUGCCAUAACCUUUGUCCUGGGAACCCUUCAGCUAACUUCCUUUCGGUCUUGGUGAAUGAUUGUGCUCCAUUGAACGAUAUCAAUGCGUGUAAUCUUCCAUUUAAGAAGACCGACGGCGACGGGAGACCGCAGAAGGUGAUGGUGACUGAGCCAGAUAACACUAUCUUGGUGAAGUCACAGCUUCUGAAACCAGGAAAGGUGAUGCAGUCGUCCAAGGGUAAUACUGUUUAUUCGAUGUAUUCAGAGUCUGAUCUGGAUACCGAAGAGGAUCUUUUCGAGAGCGACGACGACUCUGAGACGCCCUGGAAUGCAACUACACGCCCAGUGCUUACCUUGAUCCGAAACCAUUCAAACCUCUCCAGUCUAUACUAA